CUCGCUCUCCGUCCCCUUGUCCCGCUCACACUCCCUCUACUCCCGUCGCGUCCGGUCCGUGUUUCCCGCUCCCCGCAAAGCGCCCGUGGCCGAGCCGGCCCCCUGCCCGGCGCUGUCGGGCCCGCCGCUGUGCCGCCUCCGCGGGGCUCUGUCCUUUGUGGCUGCGGCGCCUUCUGAAGAGCCUCUGGCAGAGCUCGGCGCUCUGGUGGUGGUGGUGCUGGAGCAGCACCGUCUUUUGCUUCCCCGGUGCGAGCCCCGCCGCCCGUCAGCUCGGCCGCCGGAGCCCGGGGCGGCUCGGGAAGCAGCAGCGCCCGGGGCGGGCGAGUGCCCCGGGCCGAAUGGCGAGAGCGCCGUGCCGUCCGCACGGGCGGAGAAGCCUCCCCUGGAGCAGCUCUACCGGGAGGGCCCGCUGCUGGGGAGCGGCGGCUGCGGCAGCGUUUACGCCGGGACCCGGCUCGCCGACGGCGCCCCGGUGGCCAUCAAGCGAGUGCCCCGCGAUCGCAUCUGGGAGUGGGCGCGGCUGCACGACGGCGCCCUUGUGCCCCUGGAGCUGGUGCUGCUCUCCAUGGUGUCGUGCCCUGCCCCCAGAACGCUGGUCAUGGAGCGUCCGGAGCGCUGCCGGGACGUGUGGCACUUGCUGCAGGCGGGCGGGUCCCUGCCGGAGCCCGUGGCGCGGGGGCUGUUCCGCCAGGUGCUGCAGGCCGUGCGGCACUGCACCAGCCGCGGCGUCCUGCACCGCGACAUCAAGGCCGAGAACGUCCUCGUUGACCUGGCCAGCGGCGAGGCGAAGCUCAUGGGCUUGGGCUGCGGCACCGUCUUCCAGGACACCAUCUACACCUGGAUGGCAGAGUGCCAGCACCUCAUCAGGUGGUGUUUAUCCAUGGACCCUGCAGACAGGCCAUGCCUGGAAGACCUCCUAGAGCAUUCUUGGCUGCAGGAGACCCACCUGGCCCAGGAGACAGCAGAGAUCCAUCCCUCUGCACAGUAGGAUCCAGGAGCCCAGCAAGUACCAGCUGCUGGCGUCUCGUGGCGCUCAGAGAAAU